UAUGAUCACUUUGAUGCAGUUUGCAUUUUCCUGUCAUUCGAUUCAGUUUAUUUUUAUUAUACGCGCUAAUAUCGAUUUCGUGCAUUUGCGAAUUUCAAUUAAAUCUUUUCGCAUUUGCAUUUGAACUGUGCUUUCCGGUGGUUUUGUUGUGCUGCGGCUGAAAAAUACUGCAGAAUCGAUAAAAUUUAGUUUCACGAAAGAUUUGUUUUGAAAAAAAGUUUUCUUCUAAGGCGAGGGAAUAACGGAAGGGAAUGUUGUUGAGGGAACAACGGAAAUAAGAAAAAAACAACGAUAAAAAUAACGGAAAACAAAGAAAAUAAAAAAGAUCCAAAACACGCAACAAUCCCUUGAAUUUCGCCAGAAAAUACGAGUUUUUUCUGAGUAUUGAUGUGCAUAAAAAGUGUGAAAUGCAUUUCGAAAGUGAUUGUGUAAGAAUCAAGUGACGAAAGUUGGAAAGUGCUGGCGAAGUGUUUCGCUUUACGAAGAAAGAAAAUGCUGAAGCCAAACAGUGAGCACAUGGUUUUGUGGCGAUUAUCGUUGAUCGUGAUUUUAAGUAGUGUGUUUUAACGAGUUUGUGUGAACGAAGGCGUCAGCAUGCGGUCAGCUAUUGCACGAGUUUCCCUCAAAAUUAUCGAAUUGUUGGGCUGCAUUGCUUGCUUCGUAACCAAAGUAAUAACAGACUUGGAAGCGCGUCGUGUGUUUCUUCGAAACCAAAAAUACUCCAGAGAAUGGAGUCUACUGCACAAUAUAACAUGGUCUUCGGCGGGAAAUACAUUUGCGAAUAUAACGUACGGUGGAUUCUCACUGAUUACCACACUUAUGCUAAUUUCAAGAUGCAUCGAUGCCAGUUCAAGACCAUCGCUAAUUGAGAAAAUAUUUCUAAUCGUUGGAAUGCUCUGUUUCCUUGCCAUGGGUGGCAUUGUGUUGGCUGCUUUUGAUCAAGUGCCAUGGGAAUUGCAUGAUAAUUCCAUAAUAUUGGGUUGUUUGUCGUUCUUCGUUGCAUUGGUCAUGAUGUAUGAUUUGGCUGAUCCGAUGGCUCGCCACGUUACUGACAUGACGCAAACAGAGCAUGAUUACACCACGUCACAGCGGCAAGAGCAACCGCAUCAACCAACGCCACAGCAGCAGCAGCCAUCUCAACAGCAAGUGAUGACCAUUACUGAGCCAGCUGCAUCAAACAAUUCAUCGAGUCCAAGUGUUCAAGUGAAUGAAACGACUCAGAUCACUGUGACGGAGGAGCCGGUGCAGCCAGUGGCAAAACCGAUCAAAGAAACAGUGGUGAGGACUCAAACGAAAACGGUACAAACUGCCAUUGAACCGUCUUCACCCGAUGACAUUGCAAAAAAUGGCAACUAUCACCGGGGCGAUACAAUUGAUUUUGUUCAGUAUCAACAUUUGCCACAGCCGGAGCAGCCAGUGUUUGAGCGUGUUCUGUUGCCGGAAAAGAAGCGGCCAACAUUAAAUAAAAUUGCCGAUCCGCACAAAACGGAUCGCAUCGUUCAAACUGUCCAUCCCGACGAAUAUAUUGUACGGGAGAGUCCAAUCCAUCGUCGUGAACACAUCGAUUCACAAUUGCAUUACAGCCAAAUGCCAAAAUAUGCGGCCGUUCACCAUCAACCAAUGUCGUCACAUCAACGUCCGACACAUAUUGGCGACAACCAUCAGUAUCUUGAUCAUCCUUCAUCCUAUGCGCUACCAUCAUCUAUGUACAAAUUGAGCCGAAGCUAUAAUGAGCACAAUGAUUAUGAGCAGCCACCACCCAAGCAGACCGUUAAAAUGGCACGAUCGGACGAAUUAGGCCGAAGCUACAACGCGCACAAUGAUUAUGAGCGACCGCCACCCAAGCACACCGUUAAAAUGGCACGAUCGGACGAAUUGGGCCGAUAUCGCGAUCCAGCACCCGAACACUAUCAAACGCAACCGAUGAUGGUCAUACGAAAUUAUUCACAAUCCAUGGCAACGACCAGAGCACCAAGUACCGCCACUUCGGCAAACAAUCUCGCCGAACAACGACGACAACAGCAACUGCAGCAGCAGCAACAGCAACAUCGUCAUGACAGCGCCUAUCAUCGAAAUGCAAACAACAGCGGAAUCAGAAAACAUGGUGCUUCGCACAUCACUCAAAUGAAUUCACGCAAAACCAGAUGCUGCACCGACGAUGAAGUCGAUUUUCGUAAAAUGAACUCAUCGAUACGUCCUGGAUUUGUUCAGUCAGUUGCAAAAAUGUGGGAUCGGCGAGCCGUCGAAAAUUCAGCUGAAUUCAACACGAUUGUUUAAGGAAAAAGAAUGCCAUUAGCCGGCGGAAUUUAGCAUAAUCCAAGUUAGAUUUUAAUAAGUUUACUACAGAGUAAAGAAUCUGUAUUAUAGAUAAGUUCAAUCGAUGCUCCACAUUGAUAUACACAAUUAUUAUACAUACGUCAACCAUAUACGAUUUUUUUUAGCAUUUUCACGUUAGAAAUAAAGCGAUUUUUUUUACUAACCAGUUCUUUUUGGAGAAGUGCAAUUUUAGUUCUUACUUUUAUUUUUACUCUAUUUUAAGAA